GGAGCCUGGAAUCUUGGAUUCGAUGCCCGAAAUUAGGAGGAAAGAGGCAGGAAAAAGGAGGCAGCAGCGCAGCCGCGGUGCUUCCUUGGUAUGGGAGAGCGGUGGGGAUGGGGGAUGGGGGACAUUGGCCUUGUCGCUUUCCCUCGUUUGAACGUUCGGCGAGCCUCAUUAUUGAGAUUUGCACAAUCGCAGGUGAAGAGCGAGAGCACCGUGGAGCUUUGGAUGCGGUGCCGGACGCGGAGAACGAAGCAAGAGGGCGAGCAGCUUAGGUGGUGCUGGUGGGACCUAUGGGCGGAAGCGAGCAGGCUAACCAACCAACAUCUUCUGCGUGAAUGUUGCGAGGACUUAUUUGCGAGCGAGAGAGCUGUGUGACUUUCAUUUUCACGGAGAGAGAUUGCGAGAGAGAGCGAGAGUGAGAGAGACAGAGAGAGAGAGAGAGCUGAGAGCGAGGCUAUGUACGCGUGUUUCUUGUGUUGCGCGUGUACGUGAGUUUUCUUCCAUCUUUCCGCAUUCCUUUCGUCAGACCGACCAGUAUUUGCCGUCCUUGCCCGCACGCCCUCACUGUCUUGCGAGAUAUUGGUCGUUUUAUCUUCUCUUCACGACAUUGGACUUGUUUCACUGUUGUUGUUGAAGUCGAGUGAGCGAGAGACGGCGCGCGUGCACUCCGCCCCACCUUGAAGGUAACGAGACGCGGAGUUAGUUGAGGUACGAUGGACGUCGACUACAGAUCUCCUCUUCUGGAGAAUAACGUUGUUUACCUGGGCACCUAUCUUGGCAAAGGGGAACCUACCGGCCAUAGAUGUGACAGAAAAUGUCACGUUGAGCAUGUAUGGGCCAACCUGUAUCGGUGUAAGUCGUCUAACGUGACACAUGUGUGUGAUAAGAACUGUAAUCAAAGGAUCCUCUAUGAUAAUCACACAAGCGUCUGCAGAGUAAGUCGCCAAUUUUUCCCUCUGACAACGGCAGAACAGGAAGCCGUCAGGGGAGUGAGGAGGAAGCGCGAAACUGAUAGCUGUGAGAGCUGUUCAUACAAGCGACGACAAGAACUCUUCAGGCCAAGUCCGUCAGCUUUUGAGUCGUCUUUCAAGAGGGUGGUUCCUGCCACCGGUCGUUUUAGCUCUGUGGAAAGUUUCAUGGAUACGAAUUGAUAAGGCCAUGCGUCUUAUUACAUAGGUCGUAGAAGAUUUUGUAUCAUAGUCUAGAUCUGAACGAUGACCGAUGUGGCCAUCUUAAGUUCACGCCUUUAUGAGAGCUGCAGUCAAACUCAUGAGUACAUAUGGAGAUUCGUAAGCGGGUAUUUACAGAGCUUGGUAGAGACUCUGCCAAAAGGGAGUUACGGUCGUCGCUUCGUAAACAAUCGAGAGCUGCUAGCAGAUCAGGUCCUUAACAUCGUUAAUCGCUAAGUCUUUCGCGUAGGAGUUAGGGAAGACUUCAUAUAGACCAUAAGUAAUUACACUUGAAGUCCAAUUUCAUAACAUUCUUCAUUGCGUCUCAUUGCCAUUGUGUUUCUGGAGCAUGGAGUUGAUGGUAGAAAGAAAUCUGCCAUUCACCAAAGUAUGUAACAUAAAAUGUUCUGAAGCCCUUAUGUUGGAGUGUCAUUGUUGCUCAUCCAGGUUUCUCGAGACAUUCACUUGCUAGUCCGGCAUGUUGAUGCCAGUUUACACACGGCAUCACUGUUUUCCACAUUUCUUGUCAAUUUUGACUGAAACCCUAUCACUGUGCUUAAAUAACCUGAUCAAGUUCACCACAUGGAUGGAACUCUGUAUCUCGUCUUGUUCAUGGGAGGGGACAUUGAACUUUGGGCUGGCUUAGUGAGACUGUUUGCGUAGGUUCUCUCUUUCUUGCCGAAGCAUGAAAGAGGAAGCCUUCUCGCAAAACUAGCUCUUUUUAUGUUUGCAAACAGUUUUCAUCUGGUUUCAGAUUGACUAUGCAACAGGGACUCCGGAAUAAUUCUUUAUCGUAGAUUUCUCAGGGCUCCUCCGAACCUGCAGUUUGGGCAGCGUUUCGGUUUAGGAUAAUUUCUGGACUGGGGAUGCCCUGUUCGUAGCUCGAUAGAUUUAAUCUGGCUUUUAGGACGUAGGCGUUCUUCUUAUUUAGCUGGUAGAUCGAUCCGCUUUAGCUUCUCUAGUGCCUGAGAAUUAUAACAUGCAAACAUGUUCCGAGUUGUCUGAACCGGGAAUGCCCUGUUCAUUGGUCGAUGAAUGUGAGGUAGCGUAGUUGCCAAUGGCUGCUCUCAAUUUCUGUAUACUUUUUGAGUUUUAGUUGCUUUAGCAUAUGGUUUAAAAAUAAUCUUGGACUUCUUUUGAGCUGUACAGGAUAUAGAAGCGAACCAGGGAGGAGUUGGUGUUUGCUUUGAAUUUCGUAUCUGAUAAAGUACCUAUCUCUACUGUCUGUGAGAGAUUUCUUCGCUAACUCCUGAACGUGAGCUUUAUAUAUGGUUUCGAGGUGACUCAGCCAAGCAGUUCGUGUCCUUUUUACUCAGUAGGAUGUCAAUUGUUUUUAAGCUCUAUCGUCCUCCUUGCGAUGUACGUCAAGAAGCAUUGUUCGUUCUCUAUCAUACUUCUAAUUAUCCUCCUUGUAAGAAUGUGGUGAGUGCAGGUUUUGAGGACCUAAGGCUGAAGACGGAAGCCUUCAGUUCUCGCCCAGAGGCGAAGUGUCACGGAAAUCAUCCGCGCAGUGCGAGUUGCCACUCUUCUAACCUUGUCGGUCACUUCGUGGCUAGUUUCUUUCAGACAGACACCAAAGACUUCGGACCGAUUGCUCACGGGCAGUUUGAACUGCUAGCUGUUAGGCCGAAAGUUCUAGUACGAGGCAGGUAAUCCUUGUGAUAUAGUUAAUCUCCCGAAAGUCGAUGAUGUGGUUUCUAAAGUCUGUUUCAAUUUCUUGCAUCUCUUUUUUUGCUGUGGUCCUGUAUUGCUCUCUAUCAGGAGUUUUUUCCGAAGUACCAAGGCUGCAGCUAACCGAGGACUUACGUCGGUGAGAAACUAACGGAGCCGGCUUCAAUAUAAAAAAGGUUUCAAAGUUUGAAUGAACAUUUUGCGUGGACAUCGGGCUGGUCUUGUGUGUGGAUGACCACUUCGUUUGAUGUUGUUGGAGGCGUGGAAGACGAAUGUUUUGAGCAACGACAACUUAACGUUGGUAUUGUAGUUCAGAAUACACGAUCUUUUGGAAGGACGAUCGUGUAUUCUUGCAAUAUGAUCGUGUUUUGAUCAUAUUGCAGCACCAUUAUCAAUUAGGUUAGCAAUACCGCGAUUGGAGCAAGAUAUUAGCAAGAUGAAUUAGAAUUAGACUAAGUUCGUAGUCAGUUUAAGUCCUCUAUCGCAGUUUAGCAGCUAUGGAUAUAUUCUGUAGGUUACAUAGGUUGCAGCAGUGAUUAAUGAUUCAUUGGGUUAUGGUUUUUAUAGCUGGACAUCCAGUAGAUUGUACAUUCUAUCCAGUUUUAUAGCGAGAGUCUGUUAAGCGGAGAUCACAAAUUUGUGUCUCUCAACUCAUAAUGUAAUGCUCAGGGAUUAAAUGUCGAUCUUUAGCGUUUCAU